AGAGAGAGAGAGAGAGAGAGGAUGGAGAAGAGUGGGACGCCCAGGGUGGCGAUAAUAGGGGGAGGAAUCAGUGGCCUGGCGGCGGCGAAGGAGCUGCGCUGGCUCGAGCCGGUCCUUUUCGAGGCUACGAACUCGAUCGGAGGGGUGUGGAGACACUGCUCCUUCCGCUCCACCAGGCUGCAGACGCCGCGGCCGGACUACGAGUUCUCCGACUACCAGUGGGCGGACCGGAACGACCCCACGUUCCCAACCCACUCCGAGAUAUUGGAGUACCUGCACGGCUACGCCACCCACUUCGACCUGUGGAGGUUCAUCGAGCUCGAGACCAAGGUGGUGGAGAUCCGCUUCGUCGGCCACGGCGAGACGAAGACCGGCUUCACCGAUCUCUGGGGCGACAAGGGACGGCCCAUCGCCGACGGACCCGUGUGGGAAGUCGGCGUGGUGACCCCCCGUUCCAACACCGUUCAGUGGUGCAAGUUCGAGUUCGUGGUUAUGUGCAUCGGGAAGUACGGCGACGUCCCCAACAUGCCGACGUUUCCCCGUGGGAAGGGGCCGGAGACCUUCCUAGGGAAGGUAUUGCACUCGCUGGAUUACUGCAAGCUCGACGACGAAGCCGCCAAAUCACUGAUGAAGGGUAAGAAGGUCGUCAUCAUCGGCUACAAGAAGUCCGCCAUCGACCUCGCUGUCGAGUGCGCCGAAGCUAACCACGGGAGCGAUGGUCAACCUUGCACCAUGGUGAUAAGGACUCUUCACUGGACCGUCCCCUCUUACUCCAUAUCGGGUCUGCCGUUCUUCCUGUUCUUCUCGACGAGGCUUUCUCAGUUCCUCCAUGAAAGGCCAAACCAAGGUCUCUUCCGGUCUCUUGCCUGCCACCUCUUGUCCCCCUUGAGGAGAGGCGUGUCGAGAUUUAUCGAGUCCUCUCUGACAUGGAAGCUGCCGCUGGAGAAGUAUGGGCUGAAGCCAAACCAUCCUUUCGUGGAGGACUACGCCUCGUGUCAGAUGGCGAUCUUGCCGGAGAACUUCUUCGCGGAGGCCGACGAGGGGCGGAUCGCGUUCAAGAGGUCGUCGCGGUGGUGCUUCUGGGAAGGCGGGGUCGUCUUGGAUGACAACACCAAGCUGGAGGCUGAUGUCGUGCUCCUCGCCACCGGAUUCGACGGCAAGCAGAAACUGAAGUCGGUGCUUCCGGAGCCUUUCCGCGGACUCAUCGUGGACUCAUCCGGUGUCAUGCCGCUGUAUAGGGGAACGAUCCAUCCUCUCAUCCCGCACAUGGCGUUCGUGGGGUACGUCGAGAGCGUGUCGAACCUGCACACGUCGGAGCUACGGUGCAAAUGGCUGGGGCGGCUGCUGAGGGGGCAUUUCAAGCUGCCGGGGACGGGGGCGAUGUUCCGGCAGACCGGCGCGGAGAUCGACGUGAUGAAGAGGACCACCAGGUUCUACCGCCGCCAUUGCAUCUCCACCUUCAGCAUCAACCACAGCGACGACAUGUGCGAGGAGAUGGGAUGGAGCUCAUGGAGGAAGCGCAGUUGGCUCGCCGAGCUCUUCAGCGCAUACAACAACCAGGAUUACAAGGAAGACGAGAGCCAGUAAUGGAUCUUCUGCUACAUCACCUCUCUCAUGUCAUCGGCUACAAACCAAGCAACAAUUAUGUUUCUUUGAUGCGAAGAUUGAUCUUAAUAAUAAGAGUGAUGUCGAGUGAAGAAAUGGCUUCAAGCAUUUCUGGUUGCCAUUAAUUGAAGAGAUGGGUCGGUGAAGAACCACUACAUGAUUUCUAAUCCGAGUUGGGGGAAGCUAAAGCUGCUUGAUUCUUGUCAA